GCUCAUAAAGCCGCUCCUCUCUCAGAGCUCGCGCUGUGGUCAGUAAGAUCAGUAGGUGAAGAGCUGUGUUAUAGUCUAUAGUUAGAGAUUAUUGAUUAUAGAUUAUUAUCUGAGUUACAGCGCGGUGAUUCUCUCAGCGGGGAAUCUCGGAGUCUCUGGAAGAUGCCGGUGGCUGUCGGACCGUACGGGCAGGCUCAGCCGAGCUGCUUUGACCGAGUUAAAAUGGGCUUUAUGAUGGGCUUCGCGGUGGGGAUGGCUGCAGGAGCAAUGUUUGGAACAUUCUCCUGUCUCAGAAUUGGGAUGAGGGGUCGAGAGCUGAUGGGAGGAGUUGGAAAGACCAUGAUGCAAAGCGGCGGCACAUUCGGAACCUUCAUGGCCAUUGGGAUGGGCAUUCGCUGCUGAAGCUUCGUCAGACUGCACCAAUCACUUUUUCAGACUCCAGAUUUAUUAUAUAUAUAUAAAUUUUACCUUCAUAACAGUUGUUAUGUGUGUCAAUUAAAAAUGAUCUGGAAGAACCUGGUGUAAAAUCUGGAACAGGGCUGUGGGAUCAUUCCAGAAGCAACACUUUAAUUCAUAAAUUGAUGUUUGUGAAUAAAUGAGAGGUAAAUAUAGAACAGGUCUUCACAACGUGUGACUGGCUGAGGGAAAGAAAAGUAGGAAUGGACCAACCAAUCGCAGUGAUGUGCAAAGAUUUGAUUGGUUUUGCUGAUUUAAAUCAGUGAUUUUAAAUCUAGUCCUGUGGACCCCGCAAGAUUUCAUAUGACUUAACGAAGGAUUUCAGCUGUUUAUUAGUUUCAAACAAUUUUCAGCCAAAAUAUGCCAUCGGUGAUCAGACAUUAUUUCUAUAACUCAGAUAAUAAGAUUUCAGCAGCUCUGUGUGAGGCUCCUCCCCCACAGGACCCUGCAGUUCUUGUUCUACAGCUGUUUGAUGAGCUGAAAAGCUGCAGACACUCAUAAAUCCAGUGUGAAACUCUG